UACAAGAUUCCGAUGCGACUAUAAAGGCUCCGACCCUACAUUGUUGAGGGAGAUAUCAUCAUGAGAACUCUGAUGUUGCUCUUCCUUGGCGUGACCAGUUCCUGGGCCACGGACUACGAACUGCUGCUCGAGGAUCCGGACAUCCUCUCGUCGUGCAGCGAUGGGCCGCCCGGCUCUAUCGACGCCAGACAGGCAGCCAAUUUCGACGAUUUUAUGAUCAAUGCUGAUGCUGAUGUACUCCACCUCUCUGGCAACGUCACCCUCACGUGGGAUGUGCAGCCCACCGAUCGUAUUGCAGCAAGGCUUGAGUUGUUCCACUUCAACCGCGGAUCCUGGGAGCCAACUGUUUUCAGCAUGUCCUCGCAGGACUUCUGCUCCAUCAUGUACGACAAGAACCAGUACUGGUAUAAGUAUUGGACUGGAUUUAUAACCAAUCGCCACGAGGUGGAAAAAAAGUGCAUCACAGAGCCUGGAACCGUACUGGUACACGAGCCGUUCGAUUUAAGACUAAAACUUAUGAAUUUUUAUGGUACAACUCUUCGAGGACGUUAUAAAGUGGUCAUAGUGUUGAACGCACUCGACGAUCAGAAUAUGCCGCGCCCAAAUCCCAUUUGCGUAGAGAUCCGAGGGGAACCCAUCAAGUUGAAAUAGUGAUAAAUAAGAAAAAAAAGGUGUAAAUCUUAAACUUACCUUUUAAUAUUGUUUAAAACAAAAUACGUUACUCUUAGUUAUAAAUUCAAGCCUUAUACUUGUAAGGUAUUGACGCCACGCUUUUGCAUUGACUUAUAAUCUUUACACUCAGAAAAAAAUACGGUGAAAGCCGAACGGGUUUAAAAAGUGCGUAAAUAAUAUUUUACCAACAUUUUGGGUUUGGAUUCCGAACGAACGGGA